UUUUUCACCCUCUGUACACACACAUUCACAGUGUCGCGGUUGCUAGUGGUUUAAAACACCCACAACAACAACAGCGAGUUUUCUCCGGUCCCUCACACAAUGACACGGUUGUGUUGAACACGGUCCUGUACACCGACAUGGCGGCGGCGCCGCUCACGAAGCGCUCGAGCGCAGAACACGCGCGGAGGCGCGCGGAUCCCCGCACGAGGCAGGCGGCGCUUUCGUUCCUCAGCAACAUUUCUCUGGACGGGCGGCCCGUGCGCGGCGAACAGGACGCACCCGGAGACCAGGACGGCUCUCUGGAAGCGCGGACGACACGCAGCACCGUCACGGCCGCCGAUGAAGAGGAGGAAGAAGAAGAGGAAGAAGAAGAGGAGGAGGAAGAGGACGAGGAUGAAGAGGCCCAGGCUCAGAGUCCUCCCGCGGACGCGCAGCUUUACCACGCGCAGGUCUUCGGCUCUCCGUUCGCUGCAGCGCGCGGCCGCCUGCACACGUUCACUCAGGGACUUCCGCCCUCCGCGUGCUGCAGGCAGCAGAGCUCGUGCUGCCCGGAGGGAGGAGGGGGAGGAGGGGGACACAUCAUCAGCACCUCCGCUUUCGACCUGCACAAGUCCAGGCGGAGGCUGAUCUCCCAGCGCUCCUCACUCGAGACUCUGGAGGACAUCGAGGAAAACGCUCCUCUUCGCAGAUGCAGAACCUUAUCCGGUUCACCACGACCAAAGAGCUUCAAGAAAGUCCACUUCAUCAAGAACAUGAGGCAACACGACAUCCACAACGGAAGGAUAGUCCUUAUCAGUGGCAGAAGAUCCUUCUAUAGUGUAUUUUCUGUCCUGCCCUAUCGAGAUUGUAGCCAAACAGGGGAUGGUGUGAAAGUGGAGAGCGGCCGUCAGCGUCACCCGUCCGGUGGCGUCAGUGCCAAGGAGAUGGUGAUCGGGCUGGAGGGCGUGGAGCUGGGAGCAGACGGCAAGACGGUGUCCUACAUGCAGUUUCUCUACUCCACUAACGUCCUUGGGCGCCGCAAUACCAUCGACUCCACGUCUUCCUUCUCGCAGUCUCGUAACGCCAGCCAUCGCAGCCUCAUCCUGGCACGCGCCAACAGCCACCAGAGCAGUCUGGACACGGGGAACGAAGCGGGAGAUUUCAGGGAGUACGACCCCAACCUUCUGGACGACCCGCAGUGGCCAUGUGGAAAACAUAAACGUGUGCUCAUAUUCUCUUCCUACAUGACGACGGUCAUCGAGUACGUCAAGCCGUCGGACCUGAAGAAGGACAUGAACGAGACGUUUAAGGAGAAGUUCCCUCACAUUCGUCUGACGCUCAGCAAAAUCAGAAGUCUGAAACGAGAGAUCCGUAAGCUGGCGCAGGACGAGUGCGGCUUCGAGGAGCCCACCGUAGCCAUGGCCUUCGUCUAUUUUGAGAAGCUGGUCCUUCAGGGCAAACUCAACAAGCAGAACCGCAAACUCUGCGCCGGAGCCUGCGUCCUCCUGGCAGCCAAGAUCGGUGGAGACCUCAAGAAGCACGAGGUCAAGCUCCUGAUCGACAAACUAGAGGAGAGGUUUCGGGUGAACCGGCGCGAGCUGAUCGCCUUCGAGUUCCCCGUGUUGGUGGCUCUGGAGUUCAACCUUCACCUGCCUGAGCAUGAGGUCAUGCCUCACUACAGAAGACUCCUACAGAACUCCUAGCAGCAGCUCCACCCACACCAGGAGAAGACGCUCCAUCUCUCUCUCUCUCUCUCUCACACACACACACACACACUCUCUCUCUCUCUCUUAGACACACAUACACUCACUCUCACACAAACACACAUUCUCACACAUACUCUCUCUCUCUCUCUCU